AUGAGAUUCCUUGUCGAUUCUGGAUCAGUAAUCUCUCUCAUGCCCAAGCCCGCCAUCAAUCACACGCUCACAGAAGAUGAUCUGACUUUCUUCGCAGCCAAUGGGACCGUUAUCCGAACCUACGGUCGAAAAGUCAUCACCCUUGACUUCAAUAUUCGCCGUACAUUUAAUUGGCCUUUAAUAAUCACAGAUGUUAAGUCAGCCAUUCUCGGCGCAGACUUCCUGGUCCACUUUGCAUUGCUCCUAGAUCUCAAAGGACGAUGUCUCAUCGAUACAACCUCGUCAUGCACAACUCAGGGCACACUAUUUGAGGCCAUGGUACACAGCAUUUCAACAAUCGAUCGCUCAAUCUGUCCUGGUGCACAUGACGCCAAAUACCUGCAAUUACUCAACCAAUUCAUCGACACAACUCAUCCCAGCACCAAUCCUGUCACAGCCACUGACAGUCAAGUCGCUCAUCACAUUGAGACAACUGGGCCACCAGUAUUUGAGCGCCCACGACGUCUCACCGGCGAGAAACUACAAAUAAUCUUUAGCUAUUUGACCUCCUGCUACAUCAUGGCGUGA